CUGUCACAGGAGUACCCCUGCCCCUUGCCCCGCUGCAGUAGCUUUCUCAGACACGCUCAGGAUGAAGGCAGGGGUGGUCGCCCUGGUGGCGGGCAUUGUAGGGGGCAUUGGGGUGCUGUGCUUCUUUGUGGCUUUCGCGACAGACUACUGGUUGCUAGCCAGUGAUGACUGUGAGGGCUACGGACAGCUGCCGUCAGCAGUCAACUCCAGCAUGGAGGGUCAGGCAAACAGCACAGAGGCAGUGGGUGUGACAACGGGCCCUGUCCUCCUUUCUGUGAUGUUGCAUCAUGAAGGCUUCUUCUGGAGGUGUUGGUUUAAAGGGGACCCCUCACUCCAUGCUGUCUUGGCCGUUCUAUUCACGAAUCAACCAGCACCCAAGUUUUGCAUCCACGGAUACCUCUUCCCUCUGCCUGUUGCCAUGGGACCAGUCCCUCACCCCGCUUACGAUGCUACAGCAGUGUUCCGAGGGUUCUGGACCAUGCUCAUUAUCUUGGCUAUCGCUGCCAGCGUGAUUGGGGGGUUCUUAUUGGUCUGUGCUGUGCCGUUCACCAGCUACAAGCUCUACAAGGCGGGUGGAGCCUUCCUGAUGACAGCAGCCUGCCUGUUCUUGGCUCUGGUGUGCCUCUUUGUGCUCUGGAAGGAGCUGGUGGCGGAUGUAGGGAGGUACAUUCUGCAGGAACGGGGAGAAACAUGCCCUGAUGUGCACCUAGAGGCCCACUACGGCUGGUCCUUCAUGGUUGCUGCUGCCGGAAUCCCAUUGGUCCUCCUCUCUGGCCUCCUCUUUUUCUUAAUUGGCCGAGCCAUCCAAAGGCAUAAAUGAUCAAGGGAUUAGGGACAGGGCACUGAGAUGGGGUUCAUGCAUUUUAACAGGUGAAGAUUGAUAUAUACAUGUACUGUACAAAGCGAUAUCAACCACCACUUUGGAACCAGGAACCACAGCUACAUCAGCUCACCAAGUUAUGGUCCAAACUGUUUAUGCAUAAACUAAACAAACUAACAUACAGAAAACAGACAAAUGUAAAACCAAUCAGCUUCAUGUAAACAUGGUUGGAAGGGGCAUUUCCAGUAUAGCCGAGAAACAUCUCUGAUUUGGUUAAUUUUUCAUCAACUUUAAAUUUGUUUGCUUUCCAUCACCUUUAAGUUUGAUUCAAAAAAGAGAUUUGUCAACAUGCCCUGCUUCACUUAUGUGUGAGUGGAUAUUCCUAACACUCCACAGAAAGACAGACAUUUUGCUACAUUCAGUUUUCAAUACUGAAUUAUUAUAAAUAUGAAACCCCAUCAAACAUCUAAACAAAGCACCAACAGAAUAAAAUAUCUGUCUAUCUGGCCCAAGAUAUAGACCAUAUGAUAAUCUUGAGUUUAAACAGGAUUGAAAAGUGAUGCACUUCCAGUACAGUAUUUAUCUAAGUUGGGACAUUAUACCAUCUUUGAUAUUAUUGUUUCCUUUAUGUUAACAUUUAAACUUGACUUGGAUCUGAGGGGCAAUGAUUAAAACUCAAGACAAUUAAACUUAUUUUUUCAUUGUUGAACAAAAAAACUCAAGAGACCUAUAACUCAAAAUUCAACAUAUAUGAUGUGCUAUAUGAAUGCAUUAAAUUAAUAACUAUAUAUUUAUUGGUUUGGUUGUUCUCUGCUGGAAUGUGAUCCAAAUAAAUUAAUUUAAUAUUUAAUAUUAUUAGUAUUGUAUAUUCUCGCACUGAAUUUAACUAUGUGCAAAAUACAUAAUAUUUUAUAUAUAGUUAUUUGUGAAUUUUUAUAAUGAGACAGGAAUAUAUUUGUUGUGCAGGAGAGAAGCAGGAUAACGUUAUAAUUUUUACAACUGAAUAUAAUUAAAAUAAAUAUACAAAUAAAUAACAGUUCUCUGAACAAAGUGUAAAAUUUCUGAAUGAGAUUAUAUUAUAUUUCCUCA